GACCGGAAGUGGGUUCGCAACUCUUUUCCGAUCACGGAGGGCAACGGCAGGAGCCCGGCGGGACGUUCCCGGGAGGCUUGUGGCCGGGCUCGCGGCUGCAGCGUGGAACUCCUUGAAAGCAGAGCCGCGGGGAGCCGGGAAGAGGAACGGGGCAAGCCCUCCCCGGCCACUCCAUGCCUGGUUGGAGGCUGCUGGCUCAGGCCAGCGGCCAGGUGCUGGGCUGCAGCGCGGGCGGCCUGGGUGCUGCCCGGGCCUCGGCAAACAGAACGGACAUCUGGCUUUUGGCUAGAAGUCUCCAUGGCAAGAGUGGUACUUGGUGGGAUGAGCAUCUCUCUGAAGAAAAUGUCCCGUUUGUUAAGCAGUUGGUAUCUGAUGAAAAUAAAGCCCAGUUAGCAAGUAAACUGUGCCCUUUGAAAGAUGAACCAUGGCCCCUACAUCCCUGGGAACCAGGUUCCUCUAGAGUAGGCCUUAUUGCACUGAAGCUGGGUAUGAUGCCUUUAUGGACCAAAGAUGGUCAAAAGCAUGUGGUUACAUUACUUCAGGUACAAGACUGUCACGUUCUAAAAUACACACCAAAGGAAAACCAUAAUGGAAAACGGGCGGCCCUAACUGUAGGAGGAAAAACUGUAUCACGUUUCCAUAAAUCCACAUCUGUAUUGGAAUUUUACCAAGAACUUGGAUUGCCGCCAAAACAGAAAGUUAAAAUCUUUCAUGUAACAGAUAAUGCUGUGAUUAAGCCAGGCACCCCUCUUUAUGCUGCCCAUUUUCGCCCAGGACAGUAUGUGGAUGUCACAGCCAAAACCAUUGGUAAAGGUUUUCAAGGUGUCAUGAAAAGAUGGGGAUUUAAAGGCCAGCCUGCUACUCAUGGUCAAACAAAAACUCACAGGAGACCUGGAGCUAUUUCAACUGGUGAUGUUGCCAGAGUAUGGCCUGGAACGAAAAUGCCUGGACAAAUGGGAAACAAAGAUAGGACAGCAUUUGGACUGAAAGUAUGGAGAAUAAACACAAAGCACAAUAUAAUCUAUGUAAAUGGCUCUGUACCUGGCCAUAAAAAUUGCUUAGUAAAGAUCAGAGAUUCCAACCUGCCUGCAUAUAAGGACUUCUGUAAAAAUCUACCAUUUCCUACAUAUUUUCCUGAUGGAGAUGAGGAAGAACUACCAGAAGAUUUGUAUGAUGAAAAUGUGUGUCAGCCCAAUGCACCUUCCAUUACAUUUACCUAACCUCAUUGGAUGUGGCAGAACCUUAACAUAUUUUAUGAGUUUUGAUGAGCCAGAAGAGUAAUAUAACCAGGAAAUAUGUUUUUCUUUCUCACAAUACCAUAUUUGUCAUAUGUGUCAAGGGCAUAAAUACAUCAUCAUUCAUCGCCCAAACUAAUUUAUGUUUAAAAAAGUUACCACAUUAAACAGAUCAAUAAGUAAUUGAAUAAAAAUUUAAGUGGACUGGCAGUUUGCAUAUGAGCAAAAUCUUUGUGGUUUGUGAGGUUCGUUUCUUUUUUUUUACUGCAUAUUUCAGUUUAUCUUAAGAUACCUUUGAAUUAAACUUGUUUUACUAAAGAUUUGUCUGUCUUUGUGAAGGAGUGGUUAUGGAACAGUGGCAAACCAUUUGGAAGUUAUGGUAUAACCUGUUCAGAAAAAGAAACCAUUUCCUAAAAUUCAUUGUUAUCAUUCUUACACUUUCAGAGCCCUUAAAAUAGAAAGAUUGUUAUUUAAAUUGCAGAAAUAAUGUAUGUCAUAAAGGCCUAAUGAAGGAAAAACAAUAAAAUGAUAAAUUUUGGAUCCUA